UCGUGUUGUGUUAGGACGUCCGAAUGAAGAAAUCAUUUUUGUAAUUUAUAAAAACUACAGAAAACCCAAUGCCACUCACGGAUGAUAUAUGAUAAACAACCAAUUGUUUCGUACAAAAUUGCUUAAACUAUCUGUUAAGAUGAUGCUUGUUUCUUAAAAGUUGAUGAAUUCACGUGGGUUAUGCAAAUUUCGAAUUUUCUCUGCUUUCAACACAUUAAUCUGUAACAAGAGCAUCUUUACGGAGGCAUUAGGCUUUUGUUGCCUAAUCCAGUGACUGCCAAGGUUUUGUCACAAAGAAUCAUGAAUGAGGAGGAGAAAUUCAAAGAGGAUGUCCCAACAUCAGGGAGACGCCGAGGGGGAAUUCAUCGCUGGAAAGCUGGCACGAGGCUCCCAGAGGGAGCAGUUAUUAUGAGACCAGAUCAAAUUAAAAGGAUAAUUCAGAGGGAGAUAUCGGCAUAUCCUAGCUUACGAGAGACUUUCCUGUUGCGUCAUGAGCCACACAUUGCCAAUGGAGCUUCUGCUAUCACGUCUUCUUACCUCGCUAGCGGAAUUUAUCAUGCAUUCACCUCAAGCAGGAAGAUGCCCCCAGGAUUUUUGUUUCUAAGCUUAUUUACUUCUUGUAUCCCUACUUUUGUUCUACAGAAUGUAGCAGUUAAGGACCAAAUUCUCACUGGCUCCGGCUCCAGAAUGCUCACACAAACAGCCAGCAGCAUUGGCAUACAGACAUUUUUCGGUGUAAUCUAUCCGUGUCUCAUGGUCAGUUAUAAAGUGUUUACCUCAGAGUUUAACUCUUAUGCACAGAAAGGAAAUAUAAGCUGGUUCCCUAAGACUUUACUGGAAAAUAAGAAGCUUGUGAUCAUGUUUUGUGGCUGUUUGGCUGGACAGGCUCUGUUAGGAGCAACACUGCCGUAUUUCACCAGACAGCAGUACAACUCUUUUGUGACUAAAGUGUUUGGCAGCAGCUGAUACACUCCAGCAGUAGGAUUAGGCACUUGUAUUAUAUGUCAUUUUCAGUUUGGAAUGAAAAAUAAAU